AUGCAAUCAUCAAAGAAGGCACGUACAGUACCUGUAAAGGGAAAACUACAGUCCGAAGGAGAGCUCAAAUUAAGCAAGCUACGGCUGCAGGAACCAGAAUCUGCCAAUGAGGAGGAAUGGGAAGAUGAGGAAGACGAACUAGAUGAUGUUGAAGAGGACAGUGAUGACGAAGUGGACAUUGAAAGUGAUGAUGAAACUUCAAACAGUUCUUACCAUGACUUUUCUGAAGAAGAAAUACGAAACCUUGAUCAGGAAGGUGCAGCUGGUACAGAACGGAAAUUACUACCUGAAAUUGAUCCUGUCUAUGAAAGCGACGACUCGGACGAGGACACGAUCAACCGCAAAGGAAACGUUCCAUCUGAAUGGUACAAGGAUUACCCACAUAUUGGUUAUGAUAUCAAUGGAAAGCCGAUCGCAAAACCAGCAAGUAAAGAUGAAUUGGACACUUUUCUCAACACGGUUGAUAAUCCUGAUAUAUGGCGAACGGUGUAUGAUGAGCUUGAAGGGAAAGAUCGACUGUUGACCAGAGAAGAUUUGGAAAUCAUCAAGAGAAUUCAACAGAACGUCUUUCCUGUUGGUGAUUACAAUCCAUAUGAGCCCAUGGUCGAAUACUACAGCAGUCAAACCUUAAUACAUCCACUACGUAAUGCUGCAGAACCCAAGAGUCGAUUCACUCCCUCAAAGUGGGAAGCUAAACGAAUCAUGAAGAUUGUAAGGGCAAUACGUCGAGGCGCUUACGAUGACAACAAAGUAGUAGCCAAACCGAAAUUCUUUGGUAUAUGGAGCAACACUGACGAAUCAAAAGAAAACGACAAGACACACAUCCCUGCUCCCAAAAUGAAGUUGCCUGGUCACGCUGAAUCAUACAAUCCACCUGCUGAAUACCUCUUCACGCCUGCCGAAACAGCAGAAUGGAACUCUCAAGACCGUGAAGAUCGAGAGCAGAAUUUCAUACCCAAAAAGUAUCCGAAUGUGAGAAGCGUUCCAGCAUAUGACAGAGUCUUUCAGGAAAGAUUUGAGAGAUGUCUUGACUUGUAUCUCAGUCCUCGAGUCCGACGUAACAGAGUCGAAAUGGAUCCAAGCGCCCUUCUCCCCAAACUCCCAAGCCCCAAAGACCUCGAACCAUUCCCCAAAACCCUCUCAAUCACAUAUCGUGGCCAUACUGGUCGUGUCCGUUGCAUAUCUCCAGAUCCAACAGGUCAAUUCAUCGUAUCAGGAUCAGAUGACCAAACUGUGAGAAUAUGGGAUAUUGGUACAGGUCGAUGUUUACAAACGUGGAAGUUUGAGUCUGUUGUUACGUCUGUGUCGUGGAAUCCAAACAAGAGUGUUGGGUUGGUGCUGAUUGCAUGUGGUACACAAGUGUAUUUAGCGAGACCUGAUGCUGUGGAUGCUGAUGUUGCUAAGAGUACUGAUGCGUUGUUGAGUGUUGGAUGGAACGAUGCGGUACAAAGCACAGUCAACUGGACACGCUGCAGCGGUACACAGGCUGCAGAAGGAUUCCGUAUUUGUAUUGAUAUCGGCAAGAUUGUAACUGUCAUAGCAUGGCAUCGUAAAGGAGAUUACUUUGCAUCAGUGGCAACGGAUGCAGCAAGCUCCUCGUCAUCACUGUUUAUACACCAAAUAUCUCAACACAAGUCCCAAAACCCAUUCGCAAAGAGUCGUGGUCUUAUACAGCGAGUGUCCUUCCAUCCUCAUCGACCAUUCUUAUUCGUUGCCUUCCAACGCGAAAUCCGCGUCUACAACCUCGUAAAACAAGAAAUGACCAAGAAGCUCCAGCCAGGCGUCAAAUGGAUUUCAUCAAUGGACGUACACCCCAACGGCGACAAUCUCAUCAUCGGGUCAUACGAUAAACGAUUCUGUUGGUUUGAUAUGGAUUUGUCCACACGUCCAUACAAGACAAUCCGCGAUGAUGGGUCGAUUAAUGUGUUCCAUGGGAUGGUGUAUAAUGAUUUGAUGGCUAGUCCAUUGAUUGUGCCGGUUAAGGUGCUAGAGGCGCAUGAGGUUGUGGAGUCGCUUGGUGUUUUGGAUUGUGUCUUCCAUCCAACGCAACCAUGGCUGUUUUCUUCUGGCGCAGACAAUCUAAUCAAGUUGUUUGUAUGA